GGGAAAACCCCUCCAUGCUCCCUAGCAGGCCAUGCGCCACGUGGCUUUGUAAGAGUGAAGCUAUGCUGAGAAACUGCAGGCUGCUACUAAGAUUCUGGACUAGUGCAUUGAGCAAAGAGGAGUGGAGGCAACUGAAGGACAUAACUGGUUCAAGAUUAACCCCCUGGAGAGGUUGCCAGACUAGACUAAUCACCACUAUGGACACAGUUUCAGAGGAACAACAAAGUGUCAUACAGCACACUGAUACUUUACCAUCAGUGGCUGGAGGGGUGGAAGAAUCAUGUGACCCGAAGAGCAAGUCAUGUGAUGGAGUUGCGUCUACGUCUGGGAUACAAGACAAUACACACGCCCGGCGUUAUGCCACCGAGGAAGGUUACGAGUAUCUGCAAAGAGGUCACUCGACUGAGAUAUUUAAGAUCAUUAUCUCUAACGUGCCACCAAAAAUCGGAUACUCAGCACUGAAGAGCAACCUGAAGGCGCUCAACCCUGCCAAGAUAAAGAAGCCACCCACGGCAACCACAUGUUUUGUUAAUUUCCGCAGUGAGGAAGAGCGUCAGGUUGCACUGAAAGCACUCAAUGGUGCUGUGUGGAAGAAGAGGACAAUCAGUGCCAAGGUGGCUGCUCCAAUGAUGGACCCACUGUACCGCAAGAGGAAAGAGAGGUCAGAUGACCCAGAGAGUCUCGCCAAGAGAGCCAGACUCGCUGCCAUGACAUUAGAAGAACGACUAGCUGAGGUGGUUACCCCACUGUUGGCCACACCCUAUCAGGAGCAGCUAUCUAGUAAAGAGGAUAAAGUGAGGAACUUUCUCCGCAGUAUAGCCCGGGACCUGUGCGCCAGGAAGGCACAGCCGGAUAAGUGGAUUGUGGAACAUGUAGAGAAGAAUGACGGACUUCUGUGUCGACUGGAACCAAUCAGAUCGUCUCCUAUCCAAUCAGGUUAUCGAAACAAGUGUGAGUUCACGGUUGGCAUGGAUACGGAGACAUCUCGACCGGUGGUUGGUUUUCGACUCAGUUCGUACGAGGCUGGAGACUUCACCGUGGUAACAGCACAGUCGUGCAUCCACAUCCCACAGCGUAUGAAGGACAUCGCCUCGCUGUUUGAGCAGUACUUUGUGACCUCUGACCUCAAACCGUUUGAUAGCAGAAACGACUCGGGUCACUGGAGACAAGUGGCUGUUCGGUGCUACACUAGUGGGGAGUCCAUGGUGGUUGUUACAUUCCACCCACAGUCCCUCUCUCCGGAGGAGAUGGCAGCUGAGAAAAAGAAGCUGAUUGAAUAUUUCAGCGGUAGUGAAGGAGAGAAAGUGACUCCUUUGUCUCUUUAUGUUCAAGAAUUGGGUAGAAGGGAAGUAAAUUGGAAGCCAACUUACGAGCAUCUGCUUGGACCCAAGCAUGUACACGAGGACCUCCUGGGGCUCAGGUUUCGUAUAUCUCCGGAUGCAUUCUUCCAAGUCAACUCCCCUGGUGCUGAGGUACUCUACUCAAGGGUGGGUGAGCUGUGUGCCUCCAACACCAGUCACCCCAUUGUAUACGAUAUCUGCUGUGGCACUGGAACCAUAGGUCUCUAUCUUGCUAAGUCACUGUCGGCUCAGAAGGUGUUGGGAGUGGAGAUGAUAGAGCAGGCAGUAGAAGAUGCAAGGGUUAAUGCACAAACUAACGGUGUGGCUAAUACUGAGUUCAUAUGCGGCAAGGCUGAGGAUGUUAUGCCGAACAUGGCUCAUCCAUUGGGGUCAGAGGUCAUAGGGGUCGUGGACCCUCCAAGAGCAGGACUACAUGCUAAGGUGGUGGACACAAUACGUAAGUGUGCCUCUUUAAAGCGUUUGGUAUAUGUAUCUUGUCACAUGGAGGGAGCACGGAGGAACCUCGUCAACCUGUGCAGACGAGCGUCCAAUCAGUUUAAAGGACUGCCAUUCCGUCCUGUUAGUGCCACGCCCAUCGACCUCUUCCCCCACACCCCACACUGCGAGGUCGUGUGGCUGUUGGAGAGAAUCUCUCGAGAUGACCUGAAAUCCAGGAACCAAGAGGUUAUGUCCCUCGAAAAGGAUGGCAUAAAAUCCGAGAACCAAGAGGUUACAUCUCCUAAAACCGAUGGCAUGAAAUCCGAGAACCAAGAGGUUACAUCUCCUGAAACGGAUGACAUGAAAUCGGAGAACCAAGAGGUUACAUCUCCUGAAACCGAUGGCAUGAAAUCCGAGAACCAAGAGGUUACAUCUCCUGAAACGGAUGGCAUGAAAUCGGAGAACCAAGAGGUUACAUCUCCUGAAACCGAUGGUAUGAAAUCCGAGAACCAAGAGGUUACAUCUCCUGAAACUGAUGGCAUGAAAUCUGGGAACCAAGUCGUUAAAAGUUCUACAGAAACUGUUAGCACUGAUGUCACUGAAUUGGAAACACUGUCAUGAAAAAUUGAAAGUUUAUAUAAUUAUACAAAAAGGAUGAAUAUUGAUUAAAAACACGAACAGUUUAAAACACGAACAGUACUAUACAGCUACAUGUAUAAAAUAAGUGCUCUUGUUUGUAUUAUAUACUCCUGUGUUGCUGUUGUUGUUAAUGAUAAGGAUCAGUUACUUCACGUUU